UUUUAGUACACCGACUUGGUCCAGACUAGAGUUCUCGCACUUCGCGCGCAGUCUGGUUUGAAAGUUCGAGGCUAACAUUAUCUCCUAUACAUACCCCGUAUGUCUAUUGUUUACUAUUUGCUACACCUGAUUGUCUCGUAUCGACAUACUAUCCGCAGCACAUCAAAAAAGCGCCUUACAAUCAGAAGCGACCGUCAGAGUUUACAGGAUAUGUGGUAUCCGCAUUCUCGCCGACCUACGUGCUCGCGUCUAUGUUUACCGGAUAUUUGUCACUAAAGUCCUACGGUGGUAAGUUCUGUUUAGUAACCGGACUGUUUCUAGCUGGAGGAUCGUGGCUACUGUUUGGAGUAUUGCAAUAUGUGACCGAGUGGAGAUACUUCUUGGCUUUGUCUGUUCUUCUGAGAAUGAGUGUUGGUGUAGGCGUGGCUUCAGUAGAUGUCUCCUCUUUCUCACUUGUGAUGUCUUCCUAUCCGGACAAAGUUGGAUUUGUGUCAUCACUAAUGGCAGUGACAUGGUCUAUGGGUAAUAUUCUUGGGCCACCUAUGGGAGGCAUUUUAUAUAACUGGAAGGGAUUUAUGAUGCCAGCAGGCACACUAGGAAUGUUUCUCUUACUGCUUGCAUUUAUUGCUGUGUUUGUGCCAACCGUCAAUAGCUUGGAGCCAUCCUACACCUCGCAUGAAGAUUCUAUUUCCACAAAACAGUUUAUUGGACUUGCUUGCAAAUUGUGGACAAUACUAACAAUUGCUUCAGGCUAUAUGAUAUUGAUCUGUAUUUCGUUUCCACAAGCAACUUUGUCUGCUUUCUUGCACAGCAAGUUUAAUUUUUUGCCCGGAAAAGUGGGACUUGUUUUCCUGGCGAGUGGAGUUGCUAAUACUUUAGUAGCACCUGUGGUAGGCAAACUAUGUGAUAUGAUGCAUCCUAGAUGGUUUGUACCGAGUGGAAUUAUAACUGCUGGUGCUGGUGGAUUCUUUCUCAUGUCGUUUGGACACUCCAUUGCCUUACAGGUUCUUGCACAAGUGUUCAUAGGAAUUGGGAGUGCAUUGACACUUGGUUCUUGCUACACAGAUCUGUUGAAUGAGUUCUGUAGAAAGUUACAAGUAGACAAACUUGAUGAAACUACAAUUGGAAAAGUAUACUCUGCUUUUAGGAUUUUUUCCAGUCUUGGUGAAAUUACUGGUUCAGCUUUAGGUGGAGUGUUUGUAGAUUCUCUAGGUUUUGGCAAGGCUACCCUAAUGUGGGGCAGUAUUGAAGCAUUAUUUGGAGUUGUGUACUUGUUGUUAUUUGCAAUUUCAAGAAUACUACACAUUUAAUUGUAGAUCUGUGUAGCAGUCUUGCUACACAGAAUCUGAGAUCCGUGCAAGAAAUGAUUCGACACUGCCACUCACGUGAGUGUGGGGAGGAGGCUAGGUGUGAGUUACUCUUAAUUAAAUGUUACUGUUGUUGUUAGUACUGUACGUAUUAUCGUACAGGUAUAUCUCCAAAAUACAC